UUCCGCGCGCAUCACGCGUCACUUCCUGCAAAUGCCGACAAGAUGGCUGCACCCGUAGCUAUACAUCUGGAGUUUGGUGGAGGAGCAGAGCUUCUUUUUGGUGGUGUGAAGGAACAUCAUGUCACUCUUCCAAGCCAUGAAGAACCUUGGGAUAUGAAGCAGCUGCUGGUGUGGAUCCGACUCAACCUGCUCAAGGAGCGGCCUGAGCUCUUUGUCCAGGGCGACUCUGUGAGACCUGGGAUCUUGGUGCUGAUCAACGAUGCAGACUGGGAGCUAAUGGGCGAGUUGGACUACCGCCUGCAAGAGCGAGACAACGUCGUGUUUAUUUCCACUUUGCAUGGAGGAUAGAAUACACACAGACGCAUUCAUGGACACAUUAUAUCCUGCUUUCCUCAUUCACAUCCCAACAAAGCUGAAUCCCAUUGGACGUUGCAUCAGACCGCCGAGGUGAUGGAUGGUCCUUAGGAGCCUGAGGGGAUCUCAGAAAUGGCUACCAAGCUUUCUGAUAGGAAUCUUGGAGGACUGUUUCUUCUUUUUUUGUCUGGCAGAAGGUUCUCCCAGGUGGACACUGUGCCAUACAAAAUUAUUCUCACAUCACCAUUGGGUGCUUUAUUUCUACGCAUUAUUCAUAUUUUCCCUCCGUUUUAAUAUAAACAUGAUAAUAUUUUUAAAACUGCACAAAUUAAAUGAAAUUGUUUUAGAAUGAAUUAAUAGCAGGAGAAAUGCUAUUUUUGUUGUUAGUUUGCCAUUUACCAAUUAAAUUAAAUCAUCAUGAAAUAACAUUUAUUGACUAGCAGGAGAAAUGUUACUGAUAUUACAAGGGUGCCAUUUACCAAUUGAAUUAUGCCCCCCAUUGUCGGUUAUUUUCCCCUACUUUUGUCCAUUGUAGUUUUUUUUUUUUUUUUUUUAAUUCUGGUAAAUGUAAACAGGAAUGCAGUUUUUGCCAUAAUGACAAGGUGGCAUUUAUCAAUAAAUAAACACAAACAUUAUUUGAGUCCCCAAUGUAGUUUCAAAUCGUGUCAAAUGUAUUGUUCUUUUUGUACUAGAAUAAAAUUUUACAAAUUACAAACCCAUCGUCAUCUAAACAUCAUUUUGUGGUUCCCAGAAAGUGAAAACUCUUUAUCAUGUUGGCUUUAUUUCAAUUUUGGUUUUAAUUCAGGCCAUAACAUUCUCAUAACAUAAUUGAGUCUCCCUCAUAGUUUUUCCACCAGUGUAUAAUUCCAGUUGUCAUUUUACCUCAGUAAAACCAGCUUAAACACAAUAUUUAUAUCCACUUUUUCCAUCCUAA